AUGGAGGAGUAUGAUGUCAUAGUGCUCGGAACUGGACUCAAGGAAUGCGUCCUCUCAGGUUUGAUGUCGCUAAACGGGAAAAAAGUCCUUCACAUCGACAAGAACGCUCACUGCGGGGGGGAGAGUGCGUCCAUCUCCCCCCUCGAGGAGCUGUACACGAGGUUCAAGAUUCCCGGUCCUGUCACAUCUCCUGGUCGUGGAAAAGAAUGGAACGUUGACCUUAUUCCCAAGUUUUUCCUCGGUGAUAGUCAUCUGGUGAAAAUGUUGAUACAUACCGACGUGACUCGCUAUCUGGACUUCAGAGUGGUCGAAGGGAACUACGUGUACAAAGCGGGAAAACUGCACAGGGUCCCAGCCACUGAGGAAGACGCUCACCAUUCAGAUCUGAUGGGGAUGUUUGACAAGAGGAGGUUCAGGAAGUUGCUGCUUUUCGCUCAGAACUUUGACGUGAGAAAACCUCGCACGCAUCACGACUUGGACCCCGAGCAAACCACCACCCGCGAUCUCUUCUCUCGCUUUGACCUGGGACUGGACGUUGUAGAGUUCAUAGGUCACGCCAUAGCCUUGCACGGCAGCGAGAGUUACCUGGACCAGCCCUGUGUGGAGACUAUUAAGCGCAUCAGAUUGUAUGCCGAGUCUCUGGCCCGCCACAAAACCAGCCCGUACCUCUACCCUGUGUUUGGACUGGCAGAACUGCCACAAGGAUUUGCGAGAUUGAGUGUCGAGAAUGGAGGAACGUUCCUGCUUAACCGAACAGUGGAUGAGAUCUUGUUGGACAACGGCAAAGUGACAGCCGUGAAAUCCGAAGGGAAGUUGUUCCGGUGUAAACAGCUCAUCUGCGACCCGGCCUACGUUCCCAACCGAGUGAGGAAAGUGGGGCGAGUCGUCAGGGUCAUUUGUUUACUAAAUCAUCCCGUCAAAAACACGCAGGAAGCCAAGUCGUGCCAGAUCAUCAUCCCUCAAACACAACUGAACCGGAAAUCUGACGUCUUCAUAUCUGUAGUUUCCUACGCACACAACGUGGCCUCGGACGGGUUUUACAUUGCAACGGUGAGCACGGCAGCUGAAACCAACCAACCGGAGAAAGAAGUGCAGCCGGGCCUGGACCUUCUGGAGCCUAUCAUGCAAAAAUUCGUUUCGGUCAGGAGCAAGCUUGUUCCCAAUGAUGACGGAAACAAGAGUCAGAUUUUUGUGUCCCGCUCAUACGAUGAAACCGACCACUUUGAGGGGGAGUGCGAAGACAUUAAGGACAUGUACCGGCGCAUCACUGGCACCGAGUUCCGCUUCACUUCGCACCGGCAUCCGUCGCGCAGCUCGGAUGAAGACUGA